UAGCCAGCCGUAUCGGUCCGCCACAGGUCUAUUUCCGGUAUCGUAUUCGUGAACGGAUCCUUUUUGACUCGAAGAACGCCGCGAUGAGUGGAUCGAAGGUUUCCCGUGACACUCUGUACGAGUGCAUCAGCCAGGUGCUAGAACACUCAACCACCAAGAAAAGGAAGUUCCUCGAGACUGUGGAACUUCAGGUUGGACUGAAGAACUACGACCCGCAAAAGGAUAAACGUUUCUCUGGCACUGUCAAGCUGCGUAACAUCCCCCGUCCCAAGUUUACCGUAUGCGUACUUGGAGACCAACAGCAUUGCGAUGAGGCCAAGUCCAACAAUAUUCAAUGCAUGGAUGCCGAAGCCCUGAAAAAGCUCAACAAAAACAAGAAGCUCGUGAAGAAGCUUGCGAAGGGCUAUGACGCUUUCCUUGCAUCCGAGUCACUAAUCAAGCAGAUCCCUCGUCUUCUGGGUCCUGGACUUAACAAGGCCGGCAAGUUCCCUACUCUUUUGUCGCACAAUGAGUCUAUGAUCAGUAAAGUCGACGAGGUCAAGUCUACCAUCAAGUUCCAGAUGAAGAAGGUGUUGUGCCUUUCGGUGGCCGUGGGUAACGUUGGCAUGAACCAGGAUGAGCUCGCUUCCAAUAUCUCGCUGGCCAUCAACUACCUGGUGUCUCUGCUGAAGAAGAACUGGCAGAACAUUCGUUCUCUGCACAUUAAAAGCACUAUGGGUCCGCCCCAACGCCUUUACUAAAUGCCUGGGUCUGGAGCUUCCGCUUAAUGUUUUUUGACGCUUCGUAGACCAACGACAAUAAAAAUCGGUUCAUAGCUAAUAAAGUCUUCUCAUUUGCGGUUAAUUAUAUAUUAUCUGAAAGCGCAACAACCUCCUAAACAAUAUGUAACUGCCGAAUGCGAAAAAUUUUGUGACACAUAAUUCUGAACUUUGAUAGAAUUGAGUUAUAUUGUAAUUAAAACCCACAUUGCUCGAAAAUA